GCUGUCAAAUUGGCGUGCACAGCGGUGAAGACGCCAAAAAUCUUGUAUUGUUUAUUUCGGUUUUAGAAAUACGAAUACUAUUUAGGUCGUUUUAGGAAUGUUAUUUUCAUACAAGAUAAGUGUUCAAGUUUAGUAAUUCUAACAACAUGGCAGCAGGUCCUAUUGCCGAACGGAAUCAAGAUGCAACAAUAUAUGUUGGUGGUCUUGAUGAUAGAGUCUCGGAGAGUCUCCUCUGGGAACUUUUUGUGCAAUCGGGACCUGUGGUGAAUGUGCAUAUGCCCAAAGACCGUGUCUCACAGACACAUCAAGGAUAUGGAUUUGUGGAAUUUAUGGGAGAGGAAGAUGCAGAUUAUGCCAUCAAGGUGAUGAAUAUGAUAAAACUAUAUGGCAAGCCGGUCAGAGUCAAUAAAGCUUCAGCACAUCAGAAGAACCUUGAUGUAGGAGCUAAUGUGUUCAUCGGAAACUUAGACCCGGAAGUAGAUGAGAAAUUGCUUUAUGACACAUUCUCAGCGUUUGGUGUGAUAUUGCAAACACCAAAGGUAAUGAGAGAUCCAGAAACGGGCAACUCUAAAGCCUUUGCGUUCAUAAACUUUGCAUCAUUUGAAGCAUCAGAUGCAGCUAUAGAAGCCAUGAACAAUCAGUACUUGUGCAACAGACCUAUAUCUGUGUCUUAUGCUUUCAAGAAAGAUGUCAAAGGGGAGCGGCAUGGAUCUGCUGCUGAAAGAUUACUCGCAGCCCAAAACCCACUAUCGCAUGCGGACCGUCCUCACCAGCUGUUCGCGGAUGCACCGCCGACCAUGAUGGGCCCCAUCUUAAUGGCACCUCCGCCCCCGCCCGCGCCGAGCCCCAUGCCCCCGCCCGGACCGCCAAUGGGAGGACGCCCUCCACCCCCGCUGCCCCUCGCCGCCCCACCACCGCCUCCCUCCUCCAUGCCACCACCAGGCCCCCCGCCGCCCCCCGGACCGCCACCUCCCCCGCCACCAUUCCACCACUUCCCACCACCAUUCCCCCCCGGCUUCGGCCCCCCGCCACCGCCCGGCGCGCGCCCCCCGCCUCCCUGGCGCCCGCCGCCGCCACCGCAGUUCCGUCCCCAGUUCCCCCCGCGCGGACCCCCGCCCUUCCCACACCCGCCCUUCCCGCCGCACCACCCGCCUGAGAAUUAUAAUUAUUAAAUGCUGUUAAUAAAUAAAUGUGUA